AUGUACAACCCAUCAAAGGAGGAUUCUGAAGCUUACCUUCUCGGUAAAGAGGUUUCAGACUUGGAACAUCUCCAAAAGCUUGGGAAAGACUAUGAGGAGUCCGCUUCACAGCGACUGGCACGCAUAGACAUGGAAACAAAAGUUCGGGAAGACCCUCUGACAAUAAUGAAACAACGAGAAGCAGAGAAAAGAAUCGAACUCCUACGGAAUACUGCGAAGGUUAAAAAGUUGCGCCGAUUAAUAACCAUGCAAAAACUAAAGAACGAAAAGAAACGAAAACAGAAAAAGGCUAGAAGGCAUGCACGUUGUAGCCGUUCGCGCAGCAGUAGUAGCAGUUCAAGUACAAGUUCAAGUGACGAGCUCCUGGACAAGUUCAUAAAAAUAGUUCGGCAGUCUGAUGAGCAUGAAAAGGCUCUGAUUGAAAAAGGAGACAAAAUGGAUUCUGGGCGGUCAUCUGAAGCUGACAAGCGCAGUUACCACCAACCAUCGACAUCACAUACAUCUUCGAAUGAUCAGCGACCAGAAAAGCGAAAGCUAUCUAAACAAGAGAUCGAGGAACGCCGAGCACAGAUGAUGUCCGACGCAAAGGAACACGAAAAGGACCGAUCGGUGCGCACAAGUUACCACUAUCAGAAGAAACUCGAAUACGACAAGCGUGACUCGGAUUCAAGAAGUCGUCAUGGUCCGUCAUUUAUCGCUGAUCUUAAAAACGACCAUGCCCAACGAAGCUCGAUUGAGGAGGGAGUACACAGAAAAGCGGGUCGGAGACAGGGAGGCGAGAUGAAUUCUAAUUUUCUCAGGCGAUAG